UUGCCUGUCAAUAUAAACCUGUUCGGCUGCUGAAGACACCCAUUCAAUGUCAAUACAAGCCACAACUAUCCGAUCAGUUCAGUUUGUGGUUUGGUAAACUGGUGCCAUAUAUGUACCAAUCCCCUUUGUGAUUAUACUCCGUUCAUGCUCUCAUCUCCCUUAGCAUUGUGAAUAUUCAUACCGAUUGCAUCCCAAAAGGAACUUUCAGGCUAGAAAUAUGAGUCUUCCUGUACAACUCUGGGCUCUUGUCACUGUUAUUUGCAUUACCAUUGCCGUGAGCUAUAUCUUCAAAAGGCUGUUCUCUCGUCAUGGGCUCCCACCCAGCAUUCCCUGGGCGGGAUGCGCAGAAGGCAAGCAAGGGGCCUUCGCCCGUGCAAAGUCGACUCUACUCAGCUUUUUCAGGAUGAAAGACGUGAUCAAUGACGGGUACCAAAAGUACUCCAAAGCCGGCAAAGCAUACAUUCUGCCGAAUAUCUUAACCGGUCCGGAGGUUAUCAUCCCUCACUCGCAGAUGCCGUGGCUACUGAACCAGCCGGAUCACAUCAUGGACCAGAACGCGACCAAUGUGCAAUUCCUGGCUGGGGAUCGGACGAUGCUGCACCCCCGCAUUCUCUCUGAUACUGUCCACAAGCGAGUCAUCAAUCGGGAGAUGACCAAGUGGCUGGACUGCUACUCCGCAGACAUCGUGGACGAGAUCACCACCAGCUUGGACGACAUCUGGGGUUCCCAUGCAACCAUUAAACCGGACCUUCUCGGAUGGAAGGCUGUGCCUCUAUAUCAAAGUCUGCUGCAAGUCAUUGCGAGAAUCUCCAACCGGGUGCUCGUUGGUCUCCCCCUUUGUCGAGAUGAAGGAUACACGAAGUCGAGCAGUACGUUUGCGAGAUAUGUGGUCAUAGUUGCGACAUUCUUGCACCUUUUACCUCCAUCUUUGCGGCCAAUAUUCGCCCCUAUCAUCCAAGCAUUCGACAUGUACCAUUACCGCGGAAUUCGCAAGGCAAUCAUUCCAGUCAUCCAGUCUAGGAUUAUUGAGUACGAGUUUGGUACGAGACCGUGCGAGUAUAAGAACCCGGAUUACUCCAGGCAUAACGACUACAUUCAAUGGGCGCUUCAUGAUGCCUAUACCCACUUCGACGAGGAGUCGAUACGAGGUCGCGAUCCGGAAUUCAUCGCGAAACGUCUCACCGUUCUUACCUUUGCGGCGAUCCAGUCGUCAGUCAUUACGAUUACGAACGUAUUAUUCGACAUUGCAUCAUCACCGAAUUGCAUUGCCAUACAGAGUAGCCUGCGCACCGAAGUCCACGGUGUGGUCUCAUCCCGCCCGGAGUCCGAGCAGUGGCAGCGACUAGCUCUGCAGAGCAUGACGCGAAUUGACAGUACUCUACGUGAAAGUAUGCGACUGUGGGGCUUCUUGUCUCGCGGCGUGAUGAAGAUGGUCAAGAAAAAGGAGGGGAUCACGUUGCCCAGUGGCGAGUAUAUCCCUUACGGAAUGAAAGUCGGCGUGACCAGUUACUCCGCGCAACAUGAUGAAGAUUUCUGGCACGAUGCCAUGAGGUUCGAGCCGUUUCGGCACCUCGAAGGCGACGAUGGGAAGCCGCACGCCAUGGUCUCGACCAGUGAGACGUUUAUGGGAUUUUCGCACGGCCGGCACGCCUGCCCAGGUCGAUUCUUCGCAUCCAACCAGCUGAAGCUGCUCCUCGCGCAGAUCGUGCUGCGGUUCGAGAUCCAGCUGAUGGAGACGCGGCCCGAGAAUAAGUGGCUCAACAACAGCAUUGGGCCGCCGAUCUUUGACACGCUGCGAGUGAGGCAGCUUAAUCUUGAUACCGCAGAUAAUGCCUCUGUAGGGGAAGCUUCAAAUGAGUUGAAUAUCUCUCGAUUCAACGUGUUGAAGCUAGACAAGCUUACAGAGCAGCAUAUGGAUGUGCCUGGGAGACUCCGAUUUACGAACGUGUGAUUGUAUUACUAGGAGCAGGAUGAAUCCAUAACAUCCCUAAUAAUACCGGCUCUUAUUUCUGUAUGAU